GUUCAGGUGGUGCUGGCGAUGGAGGGGUGUCCAGGCAGGGCCACAGCAGUUCAGAUGGUGCUGGCAAUGGAGGAGUGUCCAGGCAGGGCCACAGCCACCAAGUGGCUGGAGGGCAAGAGAAUUGCAGUUCAGAUGGUGCUGGCAAUGGAGGAGUGUCCAGGCAGGGCCACAGCCACCAAAUGGCUGGAGGGCAAGAGAAUUGCAGUGAGGGAAGUGGGGGCAUGGGAGACCAUCAAAACCGCACUGGACCACGCCAUUCACACCUCCCUGCUGCGCCGCCGAACCGCUGCCCUCACUGCUGCUGCCGCCACCAUCGGCCACGGGAAAGGUGCAAGGGGAGACAGAGGGAUUCAGAGCGGUGCAGAGGGGUGUGGAGAGGCAGGGAAUGGUUCUCAGAGAAGGGGCGGGGCGUUUGUGUCGUCUGAGGCGCGGAGGGGGUCGUUCACUGCGCCAAUAGUGCUUGCAGGGCGUGUGGGGCCCUCCCUGGGUCCUACUGCUGCUGCUGCUACUGCUGCCGCCGCUGCUGCUGAUAGAGGCAACACUGUAGACGCUUCUUCUGCUGCUGCUAGUGUGGGGAGGCACGAGGGAGGGCGGGAGGGAGAGAGGGGAGGAAGCAGGCGGUGGCUGCCAUCCCGUCUGGCCCCCUUCGACUCGGCUCAAAGGCCUUCCCAGGGGUUGCUUGCAAAGAUGGAGCUCUCAUCGAUGCUGCCGUCUUCUCUCGCUGCUCUGGCUGGCCUUGGGCACUCGUCCCACCACACGUUCUCCUCCCACCACAUUCAGCCAGGUCAAACAAGUCAAUCAAGUCAACAGCAGAGAGCAGCAGCUCAAGAGGCCCCAGCAGUUCUCACCCACAGAGCGAACACCUGGGAAGGGGACAUGGAGAGGGAGGGCCGGGAUGGGGAGAAGGGGAAGGACCGGAAGAGUGUUGGGGAGGAGGAAGCAGAGGGGGAGAGGGAGAAAGAGGGGGAGAGAGAGGAGGCGGAGUGGGGAGAGGAGAGGGACACAGCCACAGCAGCCACAGACAAACAAGCAGAUGCAGAUGCAGAUGCAGACGCAGACGCAGACACAGACGCGGACAAAGAUGGAAUCAAGCUUGCCGACCGCAGCUACCCUAUUCUGGCAAUCAUCGACAUCAUGCUGCUUCCAGGAAGCCGCGGGCUUUGCAACGCGUUGAUAGACCCAGCAGAGCAGGACCCGUUAGCAGUGGGGGCGAGUGCUGCCAGUCACCUGCCCCGCUUUGACGUGCACGGGGAAGGGGGUCUCAGUAGCCCUGCUGCUCGCCCUUUCAUGGUCCCGCCUGAGCUGGAGAGGCUGUGUGCUGAUCUGAACGCCAUCCGCACGCAGACACCGCAGAUGGCAGACUUACUCGUUGUGGCGUGGCUAGUCCCUCCAGGGGUGGACCCUCGCCUUCCCUCCAGGGGUGGACCCUCGCCUGUGUCGCUUCCUACACCAGCAGCACCACUCGCUCAGCACCACCCGCCCCCUGCAUGCCUCGCGCCUCACACACAUCCAAGAGCCCCUGGUGCCCCGCUUGCCCCUUUUGCCCCUUACGUGCCGUUUGAACCUCAACCCCCCUCACAGAUGGCAGAGUCUCUUGUCGUGGCAUGGCUAGUCCCUCCUGGCGUGGACCCUCGCCUGCGCCGCUACCUACACCAGCAGCACCACUCGCUCGUCACCACACGCCCCCUGCACGCCUCGCGCCUCACCCACAUCCUCUCCUGCUUCGCCCACGCCCUCAACGGAGAGCCCAUGGGCGGGGGCUCGUCUCGAAACUCGUUUGCCAUGCAGGCCCCACCCGCUGCGGAGGUGCCUGCUGCAUCGGCUGCUGCAGCAUCUCCCGAGAUGAUUCACCAGCACCACCACCAGCAGGAGCAGCAGCAGCAGCAGCAGUCACACUCCCCUGGCCAUAUCGCCAAUCACACAUCUCUGCUCACAUCCAUAUCCCCAGUUGGCCUUCCUCAGACUGCUGCUGCUGCCGUGGCUGCAACCUCAGGCUCCAAGGGGCCUGAAGAAACAGGAGGAGCAGAGUCAGGAGCAGGAGGAGCAACAGGAGCAGGAAGCCUCGCAGAGGCAUGUGGUGGUGGUGGUAGUGCUACUGCUAGUAUUGCGGCUGCUGGUGUGGGUUCACGCGCUUUCUGGGGUGGGUUUGGCAGCUUCAGCGAUGGCGCUAUGGGUGCUGCUGCUGCAGGAAGUGCCCUUCCGGCUGAUGAAGAGCAUGAGUUUCAAUCCUAUGACCUUACUGCACCAGAAAACGCCUUCCCCACGCUUCUGCCCGUCCCUGAAAUGCCUGGCCCAGAAAUGCAUGCCCUAGCAGUGCCUGCACCAGCAGUGCCCGCCCUAGCAGUGCCUGUGGCAGAGUCUUUGUCCCUUUCUACACCCACAGCGUCCGCUGCUGUGGACGUCCCUCCGUCGCUCAACUCUGUGUGGGAGAGCAUCACACGCAGCACCAGGCUCCAAUCUGUUGCUGCUGCCGCCGCUGGUGCUGCAGCUGUUGCCACUGCUGCCACUACUGCUGCUACUACUGUUGAUGCUGGUGGCACAGUGGGAAAAUCAGUAGCAGCGGGGGCAGAAGCAAGAGCAGCAGGUGUGGGGGGUGAGGAGAUAAUGGAGGAGGAAGAGGAUGGGGAAGAGGAGGAGGGUGUGGAGAGGGAGGAGCGGGUGGAGGGAGGGGGAGGGAGGCGGCGCCUCUCUUUCAACGCUUGGCGUGUGCCUGCCUCGGUCAGUUUCGAGUCGACUCAGAGGCUGCCUGCGUCGGCCGUGCCCCCUGCUGGUAGUGCUGAGACACAGCCGCUGACAACUGCGCUUACAGCUCAGCACCCCUCUGCAUCUUCUCCCACCGUUCACCACCUCUCUGCAUCUCCGCACUUACAUGUGCACUUCUUGCAGCACCGUUCCCUCUCAGACCAGUAUGCUCGCCCCACAAAUACCACCAGUCUUGCCAACCCCCACCAGCCCCGCUCAAGCCUAUCCGACGGUCUAGAACGGCUUAGAAUGAUCAACGUGAAUCUCAGCCAUCCCUCCUCCUCCCUGGCCCACCGCCCUUCAGCUGCUGCUGCUGCUUCAGCGUCGCUCACUUCUCCCUCUGCGCUUCCGCAUUUUACCACUCUAGUCAGCCCGGGCCAGGGAGGCAGCCUCGGGCGAGGCUCGGCACAGAUCCGGAAGCUGAGCAGCAGCUUCGGCGGUAGGGCGCGCUUUGCUGCGGGUGCUCCUGGUGCUUCUGCGGCAGGUGCGGGGAACCUGAAUGGAAUAGGGCUGGGCUGGCCGGGUCUAGCCAGCCGGCCUCAGUUUGCUUCUCUCUCCGGUGCGUCCCGGCUGGGUCUUAUCCGGUCCAUGUCAGCCGUACAGAGCUAUGCAGCGGCCUCCUCCCUCUCUGUUCUCUGCCAACCCACCAUGCUCUCUGGAAUAGGCUAUGACCACCAGCCUAGUGUGCUGGCCGGUAUGGGUGGUAUGGGGUAUGAUCAGUCCAGUGUGCUGUCUGGAUUCGGGCCUAGUAGCUUGAGCCACGAAACCAUCUUGGAAGCUCCGCACAUGUCGACGCAAAUGUCGCCGCGUGGUUCACCUGGGAUGUCACCUGGCAUGUCACCUGGGGUGUCACCUGGCGUUUCACCUGGCGUGCUGUCUGGAAUGCUGUUUGCGAUCGGGUCUGAGCCGAUACCAGAAGCGUAUAAGGUGUCACCUGGGCGUGGGAAUGUUCCUAGAAAGCUCCCUGGCGGAGGUAGUGGUAGGUACGACCUUCGGGGGAGCGGGAGGAGCAGCAGUGGCAGCCCAAGUCUUGCUGGUGGUAGCAGAAAGUACGACCUGCAGGGAGGAGGGGGGAGCAGGAGUGGGAGUCUCCCUGGUGGUGGUAGUAAGUAUGACUUGCGUGGAGGAGGGGGGAGUAGCAGUGGGAGGAGAAGGACCAUGGGACUGCAUGUGCGGAGGGGAAGCGCUGGUAGUGCCAGUGGAUUAGGAAUGCAUGAGAGCAGCAUGGGCAUGGGCAUGGGCAUGGGCAUGGGCAUGGGCAUGGGCAUGGGGAUGGGGCUGGGUGGUUCCACUGGUAAUCUGCAUGCUCCUUCGCCUUACUCUACUAGUGCCCACGCCAUGUCACCUGCCCAUGCCUCGUCACCUGCCCAUGCCACGUCACCUGCUCAUGCCACGUCACCUGCCCUAGCCAUAUCACCAACCCAAGCCCCGUCGCCUCACUCCCAGCCAGUGGCUUACCACAGGAGAGGGGCAGAGAACACAGAGUCAACAUUCUCACAGCCACCAGCAUUCCUCAAAGGCAGCACCGUACUCUACUCCACCAGCAACCAUCCCACCCACUCCAACCACUCCUCCUUCUCCUCCCAGCAAGCAGCAGCAAGCUCUCUCAGGCCGGGACUAGCAGCGGAAAGCUCAGCAGCAGCAGCAGCAGCUCCACCCGCUUUUGUGUCCUCGCCUCACUCGCACGCAGCAGGCUACCUGCGAGGCUUUCACAGAAUGGCCCGUACCAAUUCCAGCUCCAAAUCCGCUCUUCUAGACGCAUCCAAAGGCAUGUCUCACACCAGCUCUGUUUCUCUUGACGCUCCCAGCAAAGGCACGGCCCGCACCAGCUCCAACGCCCCUGAUGCACCCGAAAGCAUGGCUCGCACCACCUCUGCUUCUCUCGAUGCGUCCAACAAAGGGAUGCCCAAUGUUGGCCUGAUUGCCAGGAGCAUGCCUCGCACAAGCUCAGCCCCUCUAGACGCCCCUCGUGUGGUUCCCAUGCCCAGAAGGUCGCUCCAGCACCAUUCAGCCAGGUACUCUGUGGCUGGGGCGAAUGGAACGAGUGGAAUGGUUGCUCUUGACGCGCCUCAGAAACACCAUUCUGCCAGGUACGCUGCUAGUGAGGUGACUGGUGGGGCGUCUGCCCUUGACGAGCCUCAGAAAUACCCUUCUGCCAGGUACACUGCUAGUGAGGCAUCUGUGCUUGAGGCGCCUCACAAACACCACUCUGCUAGAUACUGUGGUAGUGGGGCGAGUGGGGUGGAUGGGACAAGUGGGGCGUCUGUUUUUCUUGAGGCGCCUCACAACCACCACUCUGCCAGGUACACCACUCUGCCACUCUGUUUUUCUGGCCUUGAGGCAGAACCAGUUGUACGAACGAGUAUGCAGCCAGGCAUGCAGUCAAGAGAAGUGAAGGAAGGAGGUGGAGAAGCAGAGGGCGCAUUAGCAGCUGGGGGAGUGGUGGAAGCAGAGGGGACAGGAGGAGCUGCUUGUGCUGCUCACAUUGCUGCUGGCACUGCCGCUGGCAUUGCUGCUAGCGUGGAAGCAGGCCGGUCAAGAGUGCCCGCUGCGUCAGAGACAACCCAGCAGGAUGGGCACGGCACGGGAGGGAAAAUUCCUAGGACAGGAUCAGCGUUGGAGUUUGGGCUUCUGAGGGGGCUCGUGGGCCCGUCCACCCCCACCACCCCUCCCACAGCAGCUCGGCCAAGCUUUGAUGCUGACGCCCCUGCCUGGCGAGCGCGGCCCAGCUUUGAAGUGCCGCAGAGCAAGGCGAGGCGAGGCAUGGCAGGGGCCCACACCCCUGGGAGAGACACCACUGGUAGACCCACAGCAGCAGGAGCAGCAGCAGGAGGAGCCGCAGCAGCAGCAGGGGGAGCAGCAGGAGGAGCAGGAGGAGGAGCGGCAGGGGGAGGGGCGAUGCCGACAGGCCAGCCGCUGGCAGGGCUGCAUAUCCUGGUGGUGGAGGACACAGCAGUGCUGCAGAAGCUGGCAGCGUCCAUGCUUAGGAAAAUGGGAGCCCAUGUGGCUGUGGCUUCGGAUGGGCAGCAGGCUGUUGCUGCUGUGCUGAGCUCGUGGGGGGAUGACGAUGAGACUUCUGGUGCUGCUGCUGCUGCUGUUGCGGCUUGUGGUGGUUCUGGUGGUGCUGGUGGUGUGGGUGAUGCUGGUGGUGGCGGUGGUAGUGGUGCUGGUCCUUUUCGCUGGAAGCCUCGCCGGGGCAGCAGUGGCUCUGUCUCCUUCCUCCUCUCUGCCCUCCCCUCCGCCUCCCCCCUCUCUUCCAGCCCUCUGGCCUCAUCUCUCUCGUCAAGCCCUCCCGUGGGAACAGCAUUGAGAGGGGGAGGAGGGGGAGCAGCUGCAGCGGCAGCAGCUGAAGAAGCUGAAGCAGGAGGCGGGGGAGGAGGUGGUUUUGGGGAAGGGUGGGAGGCAGCAGGUGUGCAGCAGGGUCGGAGCUCUGAGGCCAUUGAGUCACAGCUCGCAGAGAGGGGAGAGGAGAGACCCAGGUCGUCCUUUUCCAACCCGUUUGACCCAGCAGGGACAGCUGUAGCAGCAUCGGCUGUUGCAGCGUCAGUUGUAGCAGCGUCAUCUGCAGCAGCGAAUUGUGGCAGUGAUGUGGUGGCUACAGCUGGGGUGGAUGGGUGCAAGGGCAGUGGGAUGGGUGGAGUAGGGGAUGCAGCAGCAGCAGCAGCAGCGGAUCCCUUCGACAUUGUGCUCAUGGACUGCCAGAUGCCAGUGAUGGAUGGGUAUACGGCCACGAGGACCAUUCGUGCCGCAGAGAGGGGCACGGGGCGCCACACUGUCAUCUGUGCACUCACUGCUCAUGCACUCGCCAGUGACGAGGCCAAGUGCAGGCAGGCAGGAAUGGAUGGGUACCUCACAAAGCCAAUCAACAUACGCUUGCUGGUGGACACUGUUCAGCGGCUGGUCAGCAACAACAGGAGGGCAGCAAGGCGAAGCUUGAGCAACCUUGGCGCGACUGCCACUGCCAGCGGCACUGCCGUGGCCAAUCAAGGCAGCUUCAGCAGCGCUUCCAGUAACAGCCCAUACACCAGCCCUUUAGGGAAUCUCCUUCGGAAGUCUUGGGAAAGGAGCGCACGAGCAGGAGGAAGAAACGAGGAAUUUAAACAGCUGACCGCUUCGGAAGAGAAGCUAGAGGGAGAGGAGGAGGAAGAAGUGAGGGACGAGAAGGACGAAGAAGGCAGGGAGGGCAAGGAGGGCGAGCGGGACGAGAAGCAGCCUGCUGCCGACCGAUACGCAGUCAGCCGGUCCAUGCCUCGGAAGCAGCAUGAUUGGAUCUUUUCUGUUGGAUCUCCUAACGUCUCCUCCCCCAGCAGCAGCAGCAGUGGCCUCAAUCGCCCACCUCCCGCACAGCUGACCCUUGCUGUGGCCGCUUCUGCUGCUGCUGCUUGCGCCGCUGCUCUCAUGCUGCUGCACUCUCGGUUCGCCCAGACAGCACUUGAGCGUGCAGGGAAGCGUGCCGUGGGGCGUGCAGAAGGGCGUGAUGAGGAGGAACGUGCAGAGGAGAAAGGCGAGCGUACAGGGAAGCGUGCAGGGAAGCGUGCAGACACACAAGAAGGCAGAUUACGGGGGAGUGAGGAGAUGUUUGAGGCGCCUCAAAAAUCACUUGAGCGUGCAGGGAAGCGUGCUGAGGGGCGUGCAGAAGGGCGUGAUGAGGAGCGUGCAGAGGAGAAAGGCGAGCGUACAGGGAAGCGUGCAGGGAAGCGUGCAGACACACAAGAAGGCAGAUUACGGGGGAGUGAGGAGAUGUUUGAGGCGCCUCAAAAAUCACUUGAGCGUGCAGGGAAGCGUGCCGAGGGGCGUGCAGAAGGGCGUGAUGAGGAGCGUGCAGAGGAGAAAGGCGAGCGUACAGGGAAGCGUGCAGAGGAGGCAGGCGAUCGUACAGGGAAGCGUGCAGAGGAGGCAGGCGAGCGUGCAGGGAAGCGUGCAGACACACAACAAGGCAGAUUACGGGGGAGAGAGGGGAUGGCGGGAGAUGCGGCAAGAGGUUUUGCAGGGGGGGUUGCUCGGGGUGGUGCAAGGGAUGUUGCUGCAGGGAAUGGGGGGAUAGCAGAGGGCACGGUAGAUUACAUUCGUUCCUUGACGUUCAAGGAACCUGAUGGAGGGAGGGUGGAAGCGAGAUCAGGGAAGACGAAGGAAGGCCCGGAAACUCUUACAGCUGGUGUGGAGAGAGUAGGGGAGCCAGUUGGGGGGAGUGGUGGGGAGACCGCUGGGAGCGAGAAUGAACUGGAGGGUUUAACUGGAAGGGGGAGCGAUGAGCUAGGCACAGAAGGUAGUGCUGAGGAGAUGGAGGGGAUUCAAACCGACGGGAGCGAAAGGAGUGAGAGAGAGUGGCUUGGCCCAGCUGUGGCUGGAGGGGCAGAGAGCAGGGAGCAGGUGGGGGGACGACAGGGGGAAGGGGAAAGGAGCGGAUGGGCGGAGGGACGAGGCGAGAGUGGGGUUUGGAGAGAAGAGGGUAAAGAUGCAGUGGAUGGGCGUGAGGAUAUGAGGCGGAGAGGUAGUGGUGAUGGGGAUGAGGAAGGGGAUGAGGGGAAGGGUGAGGGGAGAGAUAAGGGAGACCUGCCAGGGGACUUGGAAGAAGAUGAACUGCUCAAGUUACUGCAAGCUCAAGCCAUUAGCGAUUGGAGCAACCAGAUCGUGCUGCAGGGCUUUAACUGGGAGUCACACGGUCAACCCCAGGGCUGGUGGCGGCACCUAGCCUCCCUCGGGCCUGCCAUUGCUGCUGCUGGCUUCACGGCUGUCUGGCUACCCCCCGCCUCUUCGUCCCUUGCCCCACAAGGUAAACCCCCCGCCGCUUCCUCUCUCGCCCCUCAAGGUAAGCCCCCUGCCUCUUUGAAUUGCGGCCACCACCAGAGCUGGUGGCGGCACCUGGCCUCCCUCGCGCCCGCCAUUGCUGCUGCUGGCUUUACGGCUGUCUGGCUGGCCCCCGCCACUUCCUCUCUCGCCCCUCAAGGCUACCUGCCCAAGGACCUCUACCACCUAUCAUCAGCAUACGCCUCCGAGGCAGAUCUCCGCACCCUCUUUGCUGCUCUCAGGGCCGCCCAGCCCAGCACUGCGGACCUCUACCACCUGGCAUCAGCAUACGGCUCCGAGUCAUUCUUCAUUAUCCCUCUUGCCCUCCCCCACUCGCUCUCUUCCCUCCCCUUUCUCCCCCCAACAGGCUACCUGCCUAAGGACCUCUACCACCUAUCAUCAGCAUACGGCUCAGAGGCAGAUCUCCGUGCUCUCAUUGCUGCGUUCAGGGCCGCCCAGCCCCACUCUGGAGUACCCUCAACGUCUGCUGCUAAUGGUGCUGCUGCUACUCCUGCUGCUGGGGAUGAUUCUGCUACUGUUGCUGCUGCUUCGUCCCCUUCAGCCCCUGCUGCGGGUGGUGCAGCGGUGACUGACAUGAAUCCGGACAGUGGGUUGGAUCAAGCAGCUGAUUGUGCACCUGGUACCACUACUGAUAGCUCUGCCAUGGGAUGUGCUGCCGCUGAUGGUGCUGCCACUGGUGGUGCUGGGAGCGCAGGGGGCGUGAGGGUGAUAGCAGACGUUGUGGUAAACCACCGGGUGGGAAGCCAGCUGGGGGAGGGCGGGCAGUGGACUCGCUUUGACGGCACCUCCAUGCCAUGGGACGAGAGUGCUGUCACCUGUGACUCUGGCGGCAAGGGCAACCCCAGCAGUGGCAGUGUGUUUGAGGGGGUAUCCAACAUCGACCACUCUCAACCGUUCGUGCGCCGAGAUCUCACAGCAUGGCUGACGUGGCUCCAGGCCGAUGUGGGGUUCUCAGGGUUCCGCUUUGACUAUGGCAAGGGGUACAGCGCGGCCUAUGUGCGGGGGUAUGUGCGGGGGGCACGCCUGCGCUUGUGUGUGGGCGAGUACUGGGACACCUGCAAUUACAUCGGCCCACAAUACGACCUUGACUACGACCAGGACUCGCAUCGGGGGCGCAUAGUGGAGUGGAUUGAAGGGGCGGGCAGGCUGGCAGCAGCCUUCGACUUUACCACAAAAGCGGUUCUGCAGGAGGCAGUGAAAAGGAAGGAGUGGUGGCGGCUGAAGGACAAGGAAGGCCGCCCGCCAGGCGUGAUGGGUCUGCUGCCCUCUCAUGCCGUCACAUUUGUCGACAACCAUGACACCGGCUCCACUCAGGGCUAUGCCUACGUCCUCACACAUCCGGGCAUCCCAUCAGUGUUUUAUGACCAUUUCUUUGACUGGGGCGUGGAUCUCAAGAUCCAAAUUCAGCAGCUGAGCAUUCUCGUCUUCUGUGCCCUGGAAGAGCUUCAUCUGGGCGUCAACAGCGUGGAGGGUUCACACCCAGUAGCAUCAGAGGACGGUGCCGUGCCCCCACCUUCACAGCACACCUUGCUUCCCUCCCCUCCUCCACCCAACCCCUUUUCAGAGCUCCAUCUGGGCGUGAACAGUGUGGAUGUUUCAGACCCAGUACCAUCAGUGGACGGCACUGCUUCCGUCUGCAUCGCUCGCACGCGCCUCCCGGCUCGGCCACGCCUGAGGGGCGUGUCUCGUGGCUUCCACGUGCUCAGAGUCACGGCCACCAUUCCUGCAGGGAUCAUGCCACGUGGCGCUUUUGCCAGCGGCCCCAAGUUUGAGUUCUGCGUGCACUGGAAUGCCUCGCAACCCCUGGGGGAGUGCCCAAGGGGGGCGUGGCGAGCAGUGGACAGAAAGGGGCGGUGGGUGGUGCUGCGGUCACCUUUCGAGGGCGCGUUCAUUGAUGUGAAACGAGAGGGCGGGGUCAUUGGGGACCAUGACGUCAGCAUUAAAGUAGACGAAGACUUGGAGCCUCACCGGGCGGUGUUCUUUGUCCUGGGGUUCCUGCUCAUGCUGCUGGCGGGUCAUCUGAGCUCUAUGGUAGCGUUUUACUACGGAGGGGGCAUGACGCUGGGCGUGCUUCUCGUGGUCAUCGUCAUUCUCUACCAGGUCAUGCGGUUGCUUCCCCUGGGUCGCAAGAGCAGCCUUCAGAUCCUCCUAUAUGGCUCCCUUAUGGGGUUCAUAGGGGUGAUCAUAACGUACGUCACAGGGGCCGUCAAGACUGUCAUGGAGCCUCUUGGUCUGGGUGAUGACGUCAUCUCUCCGGUGGUGGUGUUUGUGCUUGUACUGGUGGUGCUUAUAGGAGCAGCGCUGGGCUUCUGGGUGGUGCGGAAAUUCAUCCUCUCGCCCACAGGCGAGCUGGACCCCCCUACAGUGUCCUUCGUUAAGUGGGGGCUCCGAAUAAUUGCAGCUACUCUGCUUAUAAUGCCCCACCCUCCGUUCUCCAGUCUCAUUCCUAAACCCCACCCUCCUACCCCCAUUCCCUUCCCUCACCUUCUCCCGUUCCCCCUCUUCGUCCGACUCGCACCCCCGCAGAGAGAGCAAGCAGCAGAGCAGGAAGGAGAUAUGGGGGGUGCGUUCUCUCCCCCCCAGCAAUUCGGCACUCCCCCUCAGGGCCCGAUGGGAGCAGUAGGGGGAGGGCAGGGGUAUGUGACCCCCUCGAGGGCGGUUGAUGGGUCGCCUUAUACGCGCAUGGGGACGCCUUUCCAGGGGCCACCGGUUGACCCUCUUCCCUCUCACGCGCUUCCUCUUGCUCUUCUCUCCUCUCGUGUCCUCUCCUCUCCCUCCUCUCCCUUCCUCCCCACAGGCACACCUCGCACCCCCCUCCCCUCCUCCCGUCUCGCCCGUGCGGUGUGCCCGUGCGGUAUGCCCGUGCGGUGCGCCCGUGCGGUGCGCCCCUCUUCCUUUCACCGCACGCCCGUGCGGUGUGCCCCUCUUCCUUUCACCGCACGCCCCGCCGCCGCCACCUCACCCCGGCACAGGAAGCAGCCAUCUCACACCAGCACACCUCGCACUCCUCUACCCGCCUCCCCUCUCGCCCGCGCGGUUUGCCCCUCCUCAUUCCACCGCACACCCCACCGCCGCCACCUCACCCCGGCACAGGCAGCAGCCAUCUCCCAUGAGUGCACCCACGCGGCCCUGCAGGAGCUGGCUUAUUCCCCCGGGUUCGGGCAGUGGGUGUUGCAUAACUUUGAUAGGAUAGCGAUUACUCCGAGGAUACUGAGGGAGGAGCGGGGUGAAGCAGAGAUUGCUGCCACGGCUGAGAUGGAGGAGGGGUUUGAGGAAGAGGAAGACAGGUAG